AUGCCAUAUUCACUUACAUGGUAUCAGCCGCCUACAAUUCUUUUCCGCUGCCCUAACUCGCGCGCCGACCCUCGCCGUGCAGCGCUCCCGCGCGCGCCGGCUCGCCGCGCAGCGCCUCCCCGCGCGCUGGUCCUCCACCCAGCAGCGCCCACCCCUCCAGCCACCAUGCCUGGAACUCCCCCCGCCUCCCCCAAGGCUGGGGAUGACUCGGCCUCCACUGCCACCGCCGCCCAGGUCGAGGAACUCGGCCUCCAGCAGCACUUCGCCAAGGAGAAGGCCAGCGCAACAGCCGCCGCCGCCCAGCGCCAGGCCGCGCGCGACGCCGCGCUGGCGCGCGCCCUGCAGGCCGAAGAGGAGGCCGCCGCCGCUGCCAAGGACCGUGAUGCCGCGGCUCUACGUGCCAGCGAGGCCCUGGCGCGCGCUGCCCAAGAGCGCGCGGCCGCUGCCUCCUCCGAUGCAGACUGCUCCAGCGCUCCUCCGGCGCCCACCGACCUCCACUCCGCCAUGUUACUUCACGAGGCCCUAGCCCUCCUGAACCUUCAUGCACAAGCGGUCGCCGUCAACAACAUCCGGACUCACGUCCCCAUCGUCCUCGACGUCGACUCCGGUAACUUCAACCGAUGGCGCGAUCAGUUCAUGCUGACCCUCGGGAAGUUCUCGCUCCAGGACCACGUCUGCUGUGACCCUCCGGUCACUGUCUCUCUGGACUGGGCGCGGAUGGACUGCGUCGUCAAGUCCUGGAUCGUCGGUACACUUACCGACGACCUCGCCGAAGUCAUCUCUGCUCAGGGCUCCACUGCUCGGCAUGCUUGGCUCGCCGUUGAAUCCCAAUUCCUCGGCAACCGAGAGGCGCGCGCCAUCCACCUCGAGACGAAGUUUCGCAACUUCGUCCAAGGUGAUCUCUCCAUCACCGACUAUUGCCGCCGCCUGAAGAAGAUGGCCGACGACCUCACGGCCCUCAGCGAGGUCAUCACAGAUCGCACCCUUGUCCUCAAUGUGAUCCGUGGCCUCAAUGAGCGUUUCGAUCACGUCGGGGCGCUUCUUCGUCGCGCUCGGCCCUUUCCCACCUUCCUGGAGGCACGUGAUGACCUCAUCCUCGAGGAGCUCACCUUGGAGAACAGGAAGGACGCCCCUGCCACCGCUCUCGCUGCCUCCACCACGUCCGGCCCUCCAAACGCCACUCCACCGUCGUCUGGCAUGGGCUCCAGCGGCGCUGGUGGCGCCCGGUCCUCCAACAACCGCCGUAGUAAGCGCGGCGGCGGUGGCAAAGGGGGCAAUAAUGGUGGCGGCACUGCUGGCCAGGGCCAGCGCCCCUCAGCCGGCGCAUAG